AUGUCGAACAAGGGAUCCAUCCGAGAAUGCGCUUUGUUGGAACAAAGGAGAGAUGACUCUCCGUGCUGCCACGGACAAAGACGGCCCAGCCCUAACUCGUGCACCGUGCCAAAGAAGGCGCAACCCUACUUUCCUGCUGCCUCGACCGCAGAGCUUCCCAGAGAGAUAUCUAUUAGUACUAGUAGGAGGGAGAAUCGGCAGGUUGCAGCCAAUGACGGUAUACGCGCAGGAGGCCCGGUCCAGCUGAGGCCUGGAGCACCUGCAGGAAUUAGCCAUGAGUCACAUUUGCGCCGGCCGAUCAUUGGCCUGGCAGCCCGUUCGGCGCAUGCCUGUCGCAUGCUGAUGACGAAAUACAUAGCCCGGACGUGGGAAGGAGGGCGGGAAGAUAGGAAAAAAAGAAGUGGAUUGAUCCACUUUGCUUCGAUGACGGCAAGCAAAGCGGGCAGCCUACUAGUCCUAUUCCAUAUGACAUAUGGCCCAUGUAUCGUCAUGUCCGACCGAGACAGAGAAGCCACCGGCGGGCAGCGAGAGAACGAGCGCAUCGUGGGAUUUGCACGGCACCAGGCGCUUCCUACGCAAUGGUGGUCUUGGCUGCAGGACCGUCGCAUCCGCAAGCCCAAUCAGGACUGUCAGGGCUAG